AUGGCAGAUUUCAUGGGCAACAGGAUUAUUAACCUGAUUGGUUGUACUCUAUUGUGUGCCUUCAUUCUGGCCUGUAGUUUAGCCCAGAGUGGUAUCCAGUUGAUCCUGUUUCGCGCCUUCCAAGGUAUCGCGACGUCUAUGUGUCUUCCUACGGCGUUCAGUAUCCUAACGGAUACCAUGCCCGUUGGUAAGCGGAGGAAUAUCGGGUUCGCCUGCCUGGGGCUCGGCCAACCGCUCGGAUUCUCCGUCGGUCUGGUAUUCGGUGGUCUAUUUCAAGGAUCUUCGCUUGGCUGGAGGUUUGGUUACUACCUUUGCACAGGAAUUACGGCCAUACUCACCGUGGUCAACUUUUUCAAGCUGCCCAUGGAUAAGCCACGUGAGCCUUUCACGCUCCAGAGACUACGGUCCGAGAUUGACUGGGUGGGAAUCGUGCUCUCAAGCUCUUGUCUAGGAAUCAUUUCUUAUGUCUUUGCUGUCAUCACCGAUGACCCUUCCAACAUUCGCCACCCCGGGAACAUCGCCCUACUAUGUGCCGCAACCGCCAUGAUUCCUGCUUUCUUGGGUUGGAUGAGCUGGCGAGAGAAGAACGGGAAGUCUGCUUUGAUCCCAAAUUCUCUAUGGAAGAAUACUGCCUUUGCGUCAAUCUGUGCCAUGGUUCUUCUAUCCUGGGGUGUUCUGAACGGCACUGAAACUAUUCUAAGUCUUUUCUUUCAAGAGGUCCAGGAACUAUCCGCCAUCCAGGCCGCUCUUCGAUUCCUACCGAACGUCCUUAUUGGCAUUGCCCUGAACCUCGGAACUGGACUGCUAGUGCACCGCCUUCACGCCAACUAUCUCGUUCUCAUCACGACAGUUCUCAGUGCUGGGUCCCCGCUACUUUUGGCGAUCAUUGAUCCACAAUGGUCAUGGUGGUAUUGUGCUUUUUGGGCUGUCCUUCUGAGUCCUCUAUCGGCAGACGUAAUUUUCACAGUCGCCAACUUGAUUAUUGCCAAUUCCUUUAGUGCGAAGACACAGGGUCUCGCUGGUGCCGUUUUUAACACGAUCGCCCAAUUCGGAACGUCCAUCGGACUCACAGCGUUUGCUAUUAUCUCUUCUUGUGUCACGCAGAACUUGGAUUAUAGCAACAAGAGCUCACCUGACGCUCUUAUGACUGGCUACCGUGCUGUCUUCUGGACAUCUUUCGGUUUGAUGAUGGUUGCCUCCGGCAUCGGUGCGUGGGGGCUACGAAAGGUGGGCAAGGUUGGCCUCAAGCAAGAGUAA